UGGGGAGUUGGAUUGCUGUUUGUUACAAUUAUAAAUAUGUGCGCUGUUGUUGGAAUUGGUGUCAUGCGAUAUCUCACUAAGGAUAUAUACAAUCAGGUUAUCACUCUAUUUGUCGGAUUAGGUGUUGGUUCAUUAUCGGGAUCUAGUUUUUAUCAUCUUUUGCCGCAGGCUCAUCCAUCGCUUGUCGAGGAGGCUGAUGAACAAGGACGUCUAACGCACUCAUAUCUUCAUAUGGCCCAUUUUUCACUCAUCGGAGUGUACUUAUUUUUCAUGUGUGAUAAAAUCAUCAAAAUAGUGCUAGAGAUGCGAAAAGAAUCUUCGAACAAGACAGGAACAAAUGACAUCGAACUGUUGAAGCUCGAGAACAGUGCUGGUAAAUCGAUGGGCGAUCAGGCUCAUGGAAUCUGUGUGCACGACCACUCCGUCGAAUUUCGUGCUGGCGACUCGGCAAUAGCCGCGGUAGCGUGGAUGAUCAUCUUUGGGGAUGGUUUUCACAAUUUCAUCGACGGCAUUUCAAUUGGUGCGUCGUUUGCGGAAUCGAUGUAUUCCGGUCUGUCGAUUUCGCUUGCUGUACUUGCUGAGGAGUUUCCUCAUGAGCUAGGUGAUGUUGCAAUCCUUGUCGCGUCUGGGAUGAAUCUUCGCCAAGCACUUCUCUACAACCUCCUUAGUGCCAUAACAUGUUACAUCGGCUUCGCCAUUGGUGUAGGUAUUGGCGAAUUGGGUCCGGACGUAUCAAAGUAUGCGUUUGCUUUAGCUGGUGGAAUGUUCCUCUACAUAUCGCUGGGUUGUAUGAUGCCUGAGAUGAAAAAGGCAAUGGAGGAGGCGUUGAAUGUGUCGCUACGUCGCGGCGCUUACGUACUGUUCCUGCAAUCUGUUGGGUUGUUCACUGGUUUGUUUUUGAUGUACUUCAUGGCAAGGUAUGGCGAGGAAUUCUCUAUCUGA